UUUUAACAGUUCACCAAAAAUUUGGAAUAAUAGAGAAAAAGAAUGAUAAAAAUUUAUUAUCUUAUUUUAAACCGAUGCUAUGACGCUUUGUAAGAUGUUUAUAUUUACGCAUAGACGUUUUACUUUAGGUUGCUAAGCAACAAUAUAUUCUGAAUUCAUGAAUCACGUCGUGUAUGUACGCAUACAUAAUUUGGGAUCUAAUAUUCAUGAUGCACAUACAUAUAGAGCUUUAUUACAGUAUCAUAUAAUAUAUAUAUAUGUAUACAGUGAUGUUGCAUAUUUAUUGUUAAUACGAACAAAAUUGCAGAAAACAGUAAUAUGUAGUAAUACAUCAUGUAUAACAUUAAUGUAUUUUGUCGCGAUUCGUUGGUUCUUUAAUUAUUAUCAGAGAUUUCUUUGAUCUAAAUGAUUUAUUGACAAGAUGACGUUUAAAAAUAUUGGGGAUAUAACCUAAAACUUACCGUCCGUAAUGAAUCGUAGAUAGUGAAAUUUUAUGUACAUGAAAAAAUCAUCUACAAUGUAUAAUGUCUAUGAACAAUUAACGAUUAAAGAUUUGGCACAUUGGCUUGCUUCUGGAGCAAUAAUAUUUGGUGGAAUUAUUCCAUAUGUACCACAGUACAAGGAAAUAAAAAAAAAGGAGAAUGCAGAAGGAUUCUCCCUUUAUGUAUGUCUUACGCUUUUAAUAGCUAACACAUUACGUAUUUUUUUUUGGUUCGGAAAGCAUUAUGAAAUACCUCUUUUACUGCAAAGUAUAUUUAUGAUCAUCACUAUGUUUAUUAUGAUCAAACUUUGUGUUAAUGUACAAAAUAGAAAUCAAGUAAUAAAAAUUCGAGAACAUGUAUUUUCUGAUUUAGAUACAAAUUUUUUUUGGAAAUGGACAGACUUUCAAUCUUAUUUGGACUUUAUGCUGCUGUUUGCAGCCCUAGUAGGAAUUCUAACGUACCUAUUAGUGGAUGUACCGAUAUUUGUUGAAAUUGUAGGAAUACUUGCAGUAUUAACCGAAGCUAUGCUUGGUCUACCACAACUUCUUCGCAAUUUUUAUAAAAAAUCUACCAAUGGAAUGAGUAUACUUAUGGUUACUAUGUGGACAUUAGGCGAUACGUUUAAAACGUGUUAUUUUAUUGUAAAAGAAGCUCCAAUUCAGUUCGAAGUUUGUGGAACUCUUCAAGUUCUAAUUGAUAUAGCAAUUCUAGCACAAGUUUAUAUCUAUAAACAUAAAACAACGGUACAUACGAGAGUACCAGUUCGAGCUGAUUGAUAUAUUAAAUUACCAACUAUUAUACUCUUUGUACAGCAUUUAUUAAUUAAAAUAUUUAUGUUUUCGAUAUUUA